CACUGUAGGACAUGCACGCACGCAUGGUUCCAGCAGGUUUCCGUUUCGAUCAAUGGGUUAUUUAGACGAGGGAGACUGCAAAAGCUUCGACUAAAAUCUAAUUCAUUCUGCGUGGUUUAGGCUCAAAAGUUGUAAAGGAUUUUUUUUUUUUCUUGUGCAUAUAUACAUACGUUCAUCGUUACAAAAUGUAGUUUCAUUUUAAAUAUACAUUUUGUAUUCUUCUUUUGUUGCAUUGUAGUAAACUUUGCAUAGAUGCUAUCUCAACUUCCGGACAUUAUUUCAUGUCUAACUUCCUCAUAUAUUUCGAAUUGAGGAACUGGCCAGUUAGGUCUAAGUGUCACCCUUUUCAUUUACUUAUUUAUUCUGGUCAUGAAAUAGUGUGCAAACACGUUCUUUGUCCUGUGGAUACUGUAUUUGUCUACAAAGCAAGGUUAGCACGAUGGCAUACUCAACAAGCAGUGCACGGCUCUCCGAUGUAUCCAAGCUGACGGAGCAUGAGAAGAGCCACAUCAAGAGGGACCUGGAAAUGGGGAUAGUGAUGACUGUCUACAGGCAGAAAAUAGAAAGACUGACCGUCCAAAUAAUCAUGGAGACCAGACAGGUUGCUUGGACCAGGACAGCAGACAAAUACGAAGGAGUCUUGGAUUUAAGUGAGAUCAGAGAAGUUAGACCAGGAAGAAAUUCCAAGGAUUUUGAACGUUUUAAAGAGAAACAAAAUGUGGAAGAGGAGAAGUGCUUCACCAUAUUGUAUGGAUCCCAGUUUGUGCUGAACACCUUGAGCCUGGCCGCUGAUUCUUUCGAAGAUGCAAAAAAGUGGUUACGUGGUUUAGAAAUACUGAAACAGGAGGCGCUGACUGCACCUACACCUGCGAUUAUAGAAAGUUGGUUGAGAAAACAGAUUUAUUCAAUAGACCAAUCCAAAAAAAGCAGCAUCACCAUGAAGGAGACCAAAGCCCUGCUGCCUCUAAUGAACUUUAAAGUGCCGAAUGCAAGGUUUCUUAAGGACAGGUUUGCGGAUGUAGGAGCACGCAAAGAUGUACUCAACUUUGAGCAGUUUUACAAGUUUUACAAUAAUGUGAUGUUUGAAAAUCAGAAAGAAAUUCUGGAAGAGUUUAAGAAGGAAUCAUGUGCCUUCAUUAUGGGAAACACAGACAAACCUGACUCUUCAGCUGUCCUUCUUUAUGACUUCCAGAGAUUUCUCAUCCAUCAACAGAAGGAAUCAUGGGCCAAUGAUCUGAACAUGGUAAGGGAGCUGAUGACAACUUUUAUUGAUGAUCUGAUGAGGAAGACAAACGACCCCGAAUUCAAUGUCGGCGAGUUCUUGAAUUACCUGUUCUCAAAAGAAAACUCCAUCUGGGAUGAGAAGUAUUCAGAAAUUUCUUUUCAGGACAUGAAUAACCCCUUGUCUCAUUACUGGAUCAACUCCUCUCACAACACGUACCUCACAGGAGAUCAGAUCCGCAGUGAAUCUUCUACAGAAGCCUAUAUCAGAUGUCUCAGGAUGGGGUGUCGAUGCAUAGAGUUGGAUUGUUGGGAUGGUCCACUAGAGCCUAUUAUCUACCAUGGAUGGACACGCACAACAAAGAUUAAAUUUGACGACGUAGUCAAAGCAAUCAAUGAUCAUGCAUUUGUCACAUCUGAGUUCCCAUUGAUUUUGUCCGUAGAGGAGCAUUGUUGUGUGGAACAGCAGCGCCACAUUUCCAGCAAGUUCAAAGAGGUGUUUGGGGAGCAGCUGCUGACCGAACCCAUUGAAGCUUUUGCAGAUCAGUUGCCCUCCCCCACACAGCUUAAACGGAAGAUCAUUAUCAAGCACAAGAAACUGAGUUCUAUGGAUGAAGAUAACGUCAUGGAUGACUACGUCAGCAGGGUGGAUCUACGUAAAAGCACAAAGCAGGGGGAUCUGUAUAUCUGGGACCCAGUAGAUCAGCAAUGGAAUCGUCACUACUGUGUCAUUGCCGAUGACAAGCUGUUUUACGGUGAAGAGUAUGAUUCUGAGGAAGACCCGAACAAGAAUGUGAAGAAGACAGAGCUGCACUUCACAGAGAAGUGGUUCCACGGCAGGAUGAGAGAGGGCAGACAGACGGCUGAGAGGCUGCUCCAGGAGUUCUGCGCAGAGUCUGGAGGAAGGGAGGGGACCUUCUUAGUCCGGGAGAGCGACACUUUCAUGAAUGAUAAUACGUUAUCAUUUUGGAGGGCAGGAAGAGUUCAGCAUUGCCGAAUUCGCUCUACAGACGGCAACACUAAAUACUUCCUGACUGACAACCUCCACUUUGACAGUGUGUACAGCCUGAUCCAACAUUACAAGGAGAACCCGCUUCGCUGUCAGGAAUUUGACCUGCGAUUAACAGAUGCAGUCCCCAGACCUAAUCCACAUGAAUCCAAAGAAUGGUACUACAACAACCUGAGCCGAGGAGAAGCAGAGGACAUGCUGAUGAGAAUCCCACGAGAUGGAGCUUUCUUGAUCCGAAGGAGAGAAGAACCUGACUCGUUUGCCAUCACAUUCAGAGGUGAUGGGAAAGUAAAGCACUGCAGGAUCCAGAAAGAAGGCAACGUGUAUGUUUUAGGAUCCUCAACUGAGUUCGAGAGUUUGGUGGAACUUGUAAAUUACUUCAGAAAAAAGCCCCUGUACCGUAAGAUAAAACUGCGCUACCCAGUCUCUGAGGAGCUGCUGCAUCGCUUCAGUGAGAAUAAGGAUUUUGGAGCUAUCUAUGAUGUCAAGAUGUAUGUGGAGCCUAACGAAAUAGAACCAAAAUUGGCUCAGAGUACAGUGAAGGCACUCUAUGACUACAGACCAAAACGAGAUGAUGAGCUGAAUUUCUGUAAAGGAGCCCUUAUUCACAAUGUAGUCAAAGACAACAAUGACUGGUGGAAAGGAGACUACGGAGGAAAAGUUCAGAACUACUUCCCAGCAAACUAUGUAGAGGAGGUAACCGCUGAGAAGAAUGAGAGUCCUAUCAACCCGAUAAUAGAGGACAAUCCACUGGGAGAGCUGUGUAAAGGAAUAGUGGACCUUUCAAAGUGCACUGUUUCAAAGCAAAUGAAGAAUGGCAUGCAGUUUGCAUUCACCCUACAACCUAACGAGUCGGAAAAGCUGGCCAUUGAUUUCGCCACAGAAACAGUGGAGGAGCAGUUUGAGUGGUACAGGAUCGUGUGGGACAUUACACAGAAGGAAAAAAGCAAGCAAUAUAAGAUCAGCCAGAAGAAACAGUGUGAGAAGAAGGACGAUGUCGCAGUUGAAAUAUCUGACCUUGUAAUCUACUGUCAACCAAGGAGCAAAGACAAGGAUAACUUUACAAGAUAUGAUUACAAGGAGAUCCGCUCCUUUGUGGAAAACAAGGUCCCCAAUGCAAAGGGGCAAAAAGCAAAGGACUUCCUCAGGUACAACCAAAAGGCACUGAGCAGAAUCUACCCCAAAGGUCAAAGAAUGGACUCCUCAAACUAUGACCCCUACUCUCUGUGGAUGUGUGGAUGUCACAUGGUGGCUCUUAACUUCCAGACACCAGAUAAAUACAUGCAGUUAAACCAUGCCUUGUUUAGUCAGAAUGGAAGAAGUGGCUUUGUGCUGCAGCCGGAAUUAAUAAGAAGUGAAUCCUAUGACCCAUAUCAGGAGAAGAAUACUGUUGAUCAGAUCAUAACAAUACGAGUUAUUGGUGCCCGUCACCUGCCCAGACAAGGAAGGAGCAUUGCCAGUCCUUUUGUGGAAGUAGAACUGUGUGGAAUUAAUUCAGAAGAAAACAAAUUCAAAACACUUGUGAAAAGUGACAAUGGACUGAACCCAGUCUGGCCAGCCCCACCGGAGCCUGUACAGUUCAUGGUGUGUGAACCUGAGAUGGCAUUUCUCCGUUUUGUGGUGCAUGAGGAGGACAUGUUCAGUGACCCCAAUUUUCUGGCUCAUGCCACUUUCCCUGUCAAAGGCAUCAGGACAGGCUAUAGAUCAGUUCCUUUGAAAAAUGGAUUCAGCGAAGAUAUUGAGCUUGCCUCUCUCUUGGUCUUCAUCGAUAUAAAUCAAAUUGAGAAAGCAGAAGAGGAACUCUAUUCUUCUUCCACUCAACUCCGCAAGCGGCAGGCAGUGCUGUCCAACGAGAUGUUUUUGUAUGACACCCACCAGAACUUAUCCAGAGGACCCUACAACCGUGACGACCUAAUGAAGGAGUUCAGCACCAAUGAGAUCCAGCUGCUUAAGAUCCAGGACACUUGUAAACAGAAGAUGAAGGAGAAGAAAAUCAAUAACAGCAAGUUUUACUCGUGAAGAGUUUCCAUUUAAAACAAAAACUUGACAAGUCUUUGCAAUUGCAUGUUCCUGGUGGUUUCAACACCUAAAGACAGCCUUUAAUCACGGACUCUUCUGCAAUGGACAGUGAAAAGAAGACAUUUCCCUCAAUAGGACUGCACAUGGGAACAAAAGAAACCCUGUGUUCAGUGAUUAUAUUAUUGCAAUGCAGUGCAGUGAUAAUACUGUUCAGUGUGGCCAGUUAGUAAUCAUUGGGUUGUAACUGCUAGUGAUUAUUUAAAUGGGAGCUCUGGACUAUGGUCCAGAGUGGAUGUUUCUGUUUGUUUUUGUGGGGGUUGGGGUGUUACGGGACAAAAAAUUAUGUGGAAUGCAGGUAAUUUAGCAUUUCAUUCUGAUAAUAUGUGCUGCACAUCUGUGCGUCUUUUUAUAAUUAGAAAAGUAUACGGUCCUCCAGAAUUUCAUACUUUGCUAUUAGGUGCUUAUUGUGUUAUAUAUAUAUAGCGAGAGAGAGAGAUACACACACAGGUAUCUGUAGUUACUGAAUGUUCUGUUUGUUACAAACUAUCCUGGUUAUGUAGACUGUACUGGGUUGAGUCAUUAAAGUUCAUGUCAAAAGGAACUGGCUACAGUCAGGCAAACUGCUCUGAGAGGACAGAUACUGUCAGUUGUGAUGGGUUUGUAAUCUGGAGUGACCCGUCAUCCACUGGGUACCAAAUUGAGAUCAGCAACUGUUCAUUUCUAACUGAGCUGGGGUCAAACUCAGAAGAAAAGACAAGAGAGGCUAGUGUAUUUGUCCACUGUGCCUUCUAUCCUCAUUCCAAUGCUGUUUUUAGAAAAAAAAUAUUAUUUAUUACCUCUGAAGAAAUAACCAGUUUUAAAACUUAAUAAUAUAAGUUAAUUUUAUGUUGCCUAUGUUUUCUUUUUGCUUCCCAGGGUAUGCGCUGCAUGAAUGAAGUGACAUUUAGCUAAACUUUACUGUUGAGUGUGUGUGUUUGAGGCCUGGUUCAAAGACCAGUGGUGCAACUUUCUGCUACUUCCUCAUAAAUUAAAAUGCAUUGAAGUGGAACCUUAUGAGACUGCACCAAAUGAAACAAGCACCAUCUAAUUUAAAUGCUUUUUUAAUGUUAUUUUAUACUGUCAAUUUUAAAUAUAUGUUGAAAAUAACUUUUGUCACAGAAUUCAAAAAGUAAAAACUGCCAAUUUGAAUGUUUGCUUAUAUUCUCCAAAACUCAUGAAGUACAUGCUCGAGUUUUACAUAACACCCUGUAAAGUUUACAAGAAAUGCAUUAUGUUACCUUUGCUGUGUACCGGGUUGUCCAUAUUGCAACAUUAUAUUUUAAAACAUAUUGCCCAGUCUUGAUGUUUUUAAUCACACAUGGACAAUUCUCACCAUUUGCUCUGGAACGUUCGGCAGGAUAAAAAAGCGAUAGUCUUCUAAGCAUUGCAGUCUAGCUGGAUCACGCUUCGCUGGUUUUCUGGUCCCACAAUAUGCUACUAAUUUCAAUUUGAGUGCCGGCAUUGUUGCAGGACACACUGAUGCUUAGAAGAACAUUAUCUUUCUGAUGACGGACGUUCCCAGGUAAAAUUUGGGGGGGGGGGGGGAAGGAUUUCCCCAGUUCAUUUGUCUACGAUGUGUGAAUAAAAAUAUCACAACAAUUUGAUAAACAAAGGUAAUGUGUUUCUUGUGAACACUGCAGGGGGUUCUGCAACACUUUAAUUUAUUUUACUGUUAGGCAGAGAAUGUUUUUUGAUGUGUUUCUACAUUCUUAGGACAACUGAUAGGAACUUUAAAUUAAACUUUUUUUUUUUAAUCUUAUGUUACACAAAACUAUUCUCGAGUGACCAGCAUCUUCAAUGUCUUGUUCUAAGCAAACUUAAACAAAACAGCUGUAGAUUGUGAAAUAAAUAUUUUACUGUUAUAAAAGAAAUGACAUAU